GGUGUGGCAGCCAUAUUUUGGAGUCGAAGUAGGGGGUCAUGGGGAUAACUGAAUGACGAAAAUGAAGCGACCCCAUUAACAAGAUAAAAAACUUCGUGUAAUCGGUGCUGCCAUUGGUGAUAUUUUUAUAGGCUGUAAAAGAUACCAUGGAUCCCAUUCACAGAAGUGAUACCCUCCGAGAUGGCAGUCUUAGAAUUCUCCAUAGUUUCAUAACAUGUGUUAAUCCACAAUCUGUGAUGCUGUAAUGCCUCCCAAUGUCUGAGGCAGUGGCAAAAUUGGAGACACGGCAGGACUCCGGGAACUUGUGUUCUCAAGUUGUGACAGGAGAGGCCCGUUUACGUCAACUUGAAGCACUGUUCCUUGGUGGUCCUGUGCAGGGACAGGGCCAAUGCUUCAGUAUAGAAACUUUGCUGGAUGUACUUCUGGUGCUGUAUGAUGAGUGUUGCAAUUCUUCUCUUAGAAGAGAGAAAACAGUAUCUGAUUUCAUCGAAUUUGUUAAACCUGUCGCAACAAAUUUGAAGGCAUUGCGCCUUUCACGUGAUGAUUUUGAGAUUAUUAAAGUAAUUGGAAGAGGAGCCUUUGGAGAAGUUUGUGUUGUAAAAAUGAAGGGUUCAGAGAAAGUGUUUGCAAUGAAGAUUUUGAAUAAAUGGGAGAUGUUGAAAAGGGCAGAAACAGCCUGCUUCAAAGAAGAAAGGGAUGUUCUGGUGUUUGGAGAUAGAAGAUGGAUCACGAAUCUUCAUUAUGCAUUUCAAGAUGAAUCAAAUUUAUACUUAGUAAUGGAUUAUUACUGUGGUGGUGAUCUGCUCACAUUACUUAGUAAAUUUGAGGACCGUUUGCCUGAAGACAUGGCUAAGUUUUAUAUUGCAGAAAUGGUUCUUGCCAUAGGAUCUAUUCAUGAUCUAAGAUAUGUUCAUCGAGAUAUAAAACCAGAUAAUGUUUUACUUGAUGCUAAUGGACACAUUAGGUUAGCUGAUUUUGGAUCAUGCUUAAAAUUGUUUGAGGAUGGAACAGUACAAAGCAAUGUUGCUGUUGGAACUCCUGAUUAUAUUUCACCAGAAAUUCUUCGGGCUAUGGAAGAUGGACAGGGAAGGUAUGGUCCUGAAUGUGAUUGGUGGUCGCUUGGUGUUUGUAUGUAUGAAAUGUUGUAUGGUGAGACCCCAUUUUAUGCGGAAUCACUUGUGGAGACGUAUGGGAAGAUAAUGAAUCAUAAGAACUGCUUUGACUUCCCAACAGAUAUGGGUCUGGAAGUCUCUGAAGAAGCCAAAGAUCUGAUGAAAAGACUUAUUUGUAGUUCAGAAUUUAGGUUAGGUCAACAUGGAAUUGAAGACUUCAAGAACCACCCAUGGUUUGAGGGCCUCGACUGGGAAACAAUACGAGACAGUCGUGCGCCUUACAUUCCAGAGGUCAGCAGUCCAACUGAUACCUCAAAUUUUGAUGUUGAUGACACUGACAUUCGAACUUCUGAUGCUGUACCUCCUACAUCAAAUGCUGUUUUUUCUGCCCUUCAUUUGCCAUUUGUUGGGUUUACAUUCACCCAGGGCUGCUCAGUUUCUGAUCUGGGUUGUAUACCAGCACAUGGAAUCACACCUUCAGAAAGACUUGAAGUUGAAAAACGAAUCUUAGAUUUGGAAGAAGAAAACUUAAGGCUUACAAAACUUCUGUCUGGCAAUGAGGAGGGAAGGUCAAGUGAUGCAGGAAGUGCAAUGAGAAAACUGCAAGAUGAAAUCAAUAUUUUGACAAAAAGGAACUGUGAGUUGGAAGAUAAAAUGAAAGAUCUUCAACAGAUAACAAAUCAGAGGAAAGACCUGGGCACUGAAAGUGAUGUGCAACAAAAAAUAAAAGACCUUGAAAAGAACGUCAGGAUCCUAAAACAGGAAAGAGACGAAGCUCAGAAGGAAAACCUUGAUGUCCAAGAGAAAAUUAAACUUCAAGAGAAGGAACUUAAAGAUGCUCUAAGCCAGCGGAAGUUAGCAAUGACAGAAUACACUGAAGUGACAGACAGGCUGUCAGAGCUGAGACAACAGAAGCAGAAACUUUCACGUCAGGUCCGGGAUAAGGAGGAAGAGCUGGAAGUAGCUAUGCAAAAAAUUGAUAGCCUUCGACAUGACAUUCGCAAAGCAGAAAAACUUAGAAGAGAGCUUGAAGCACGUGUAGAUGAAGCUAUGGCAGAGACAGCAAAAGAACGCAAACUUAGGGAAAGAAGCGAAGAAUAUUGUAAACAAAUGGAGGAAGAAAUUGAGAAGUUGCGACAGAGGAGUAUUAUAGUAGGAGCUGAUAUUUCUGUAGCUAGCCAGUCACAUGCAUCACAGGAAAUAGCAAGGUUAAAGUCUGAGGUAGAAAAGCUCCAAGUUCAGUAUAAUGAGAGCUUACAGCAGCAACAAUCAAGAUUUAAUUUGGAGUGCUCAAGCCUGAGAGAUCAAUUACAAGACUCAGAGAACAGGAGAGAGACUCUUGAAAGAGAGGUACAAGCUGUUAAGGAGAAAUUGGAUGCCACGAGACUUGAAGAUUUGACUGACAGUGAGGAGACAAUUGCAGAGCUCAAGAGGCGUCAUGAACGUGAAAGACUGAUGUUAUUGGAAGACAACAAGAAGUUGAUGAUGGACUUGGACACACUAACUGAGAGUGUAAGUCGAAUACAGAAUGAAAGAAGGCAACUUGAAGAAGAAUACGAAGAACUGAGAAGCAAGAAAGAUGCUAUUGCUCAAUGGGAAGCACAGAUUAGUGAAAUAAUCCAGUGGGUAAGUGAUGAAAAGGAUGCAAGGGGCUAUUUACAAGCAUUGGCAACAAAGAUGACUGAAGAGCUUGAGUUCCUCAAACAUGCUGGAGUGUCCAGUGCAGCCACUGCUGAUAAAAACUGGCGCAAUCGGCGAAGUCAAAAACUUGAUAAGAUGGAACUUCUUAAUCUUCAGAGCAGUUUACAAUCUGAAAUUCAGGCCAAACAGGCUAUUAGUGAAGAGUUAACAAAGACUCGAUCUGAGCUCAUUGCAGCUCAAAAGGAGUUGAGAGAUUUGCGUCAGAGGUAUGAUACGUUGUCUCAUGAGGUAAAGAGGAAAGAAAUUCAAAUCAAAGAACUUCAGUCAAGAUUAGAAUCUGGUGAACCAUUUUUGGAUCGUCCUUCAUCUCAGGUAUCAUACUUAGAUCGUUUCCUAAAAGAAACACACCAUGGGGGCUCAGUAGAGAGUGAAGAGGGGGAUGUGGAAGACAACAGAGCCCCUUCAGUAACUAGUAGUAAAUCCAACUUAUCAGAACUCAGUAUAGAUCCAAAUUCAUCUUUAGGACUCGACCUUCAUACAAAGCCAGGACUUCUUGCUCAUCAGUUACCACCCAAACCAAAAUCACAUCAGUUUCUUGUUAGAACAUUUUCUUCGCCUACAAAGUGCAGUCAUUGCACAUCAUUGAUGGUUGGUCUCACCAGGCAGGGUGUAGUGUGUGAAGUUUGUGGCUUUGCAUGCCACAUUGGAUGUUGUGAAAAGGUUCCAGCUAUCUGUCCAGUUCCUUCAGACCAGACAAAAAGACCUCUUGGCAUUGAUCCUACAAGAGGUAUAGGAACAGCCUAUGAAGGGUAUGUUAAAGUUCCCAAAACGGGAGGAGUGAAAAAGGGCUGGAUUCGUCAGUUUGUUGUGGUUUUAGAUAUGAGGGAUGAGGAAUUUUCUGUGAGUUCAGUCAGAGAUUCGGAUGUCAUUCAUGCAACGAAGAAAGACAUUCCUUGCAUUUUCAGGAUAACUACAUCACUUAUGGAGCCUCCAGGGUUGAAAAAUCAUACACUGAUGCUGGCAGAUACAGAGAGUGAAAAAACUAAAUGGGUUGUUGCUUUAAGUGAACUUCAUAGAAUACUGAAGCGGAACAAUUUACCCAACAGGACAGUUUUUCGAGCAAAGGAGCUGCUGGAUAAUACACUAGCUUUUAUAAAAAAUGCAAUGUCAGGGGCCAUUAUAGAUCCUGAUCGUCUAGUCAUUGGAACAGAGGAGGGUUUGUUCUGCUUGGAUCUUGAUCGAAGUGAAAUUGCUCGUGUUGGAGAAGGUAAAAAGGUGUAUCAGUUAGAAUAUAUAGUUGAGGAGCAAUUGUUAGUUGUUUUAUCUGGGAAACAGAGACAUCUACGCCUGAUUCCAGUGCGGGCACUGGAUGGUGAUGAUGUAGAAUGGAUUAAAGUAGCUGAAACAAAGGGGUGUAUCACCUUUGCAACAGGGGUAAUGAGACGUGCACCUCAACUUGGCUACUGCCUUUGUGUUGCCAUAAAAAGACAGAAUACAUCUCAGCUAAUUAUAUAUGAAGUAACACGUACGAAGACACGGCAUAAACGUCUGAGAGAAAUAAUGUUACCAACUCAAGCACAGACUCUCAAUAUUUUUAGUGAAGGCAGGCUCUGUGUUGGAUAUCAGUCUGGGUUUAGCAUAUACAGUAUUACUGGUGAUCAAAAUGCCUUAUCCUUGGUGCAUCCUGACAAUCAGCUACUUGGUUUCUUAGCAUACAGUGCUGUAGAUGCAAUGCGUGCAAUAGAAUUGUCAAGGGGAGAGUUCCUCCUUGUGUUUCAAACAUUAGGGGUGUAUGUUGAUGCACAAGGCAGAAAAUCUCGUGAUCGUGAAAUCAUGUAUCCUGCCAUUCCUACUGCUGUUAGUUAUUGUGAUGGACAUCUCUUGGUAUAUAGUGAAACUCAUGUAGAUGUUUUCAACUGUGCAACUGGAGAAUGGGUACAAACAAUAAAUGUAAAGAAAUCAAGACCACUAAAUGUUACAGGAACCCUUAGUAUUUGUGUUAUAAAUGACAUGCCACACAUAAUCUACCUGAGUAAUGUUCAUCAACGUGAGUUAAUAAACGUUACUCAGUGUGAUGCUUCUGGCCGCCCAGUCCCAAGACCAAGGCGUAGGUUUUCAUUAAGAGAAGGUCACAGGGCUGCAAGAACGACAGACAGGCGCUCUAAAAUGAUAUCAGCUCCAACAAACUUCAAUCAUAUAAGUCACAUGGGCCCGGGUGAUGGAAUUCAAAUUCAGAGGUUGUUGGACCUACCUACAACGCUGGAAACUGCAGAUCAGACUCUGGCAAGUCCACAGCAACUUCAGGGAAGUCAGCAGAGGCUGUUCCAUUCAGGAGCAAAGCUGGCACAUGCUCCACCCAGACAUCCUUCUCAUUCAGAGCAGCGACGUAUUUCAGGGCAUACACAGCGUCCAGCUCAAACAUAUUCAGGUCAUAACGGUUCUACAUCGUCACGUCGUUCAGCUGCUCCACCUAGGCCUGCUGUUACACCACCCUCAUUGCCAAGAUCUCCGGAUGGUCCACCAAUGGAUUCAGAGUCUUCCCUUCUGCAUCAUCAUGCAUCACUGGCAUUGGGUAGCGUACCUUCUCUACAUGAAGUGGGCAAGGACCAGACUGUAAGUGGUGGCAGUCCACGACAUUCAAUAGCUUCCAACAAUAGCAGCAAUCCAAGUACACCACCAAGUCCUGGCCAUGACCACGGGUCUUCGAGCUAUGACAGCUAGUUUAAUUUAUUGGUCUGUACAUAAACUGUUGGGAAACAAUCUCGCAUCAAUGAUAUCUGAUGCUAUUAAGCUGUGUGUUAUUUUCAUUAACAUUUUGGCAAAAAGGAUAGGCAUACAGAUGGUAUAAUACAGAACGCAUUUGUCAGUACUUGUGUAACGUAAGUAAAACAUAUUAUUUUACAUUUAGUCAUUUACUUUUCCUUCAUAAUAUCACUAAUUUAAUUUUGUUUGUUUUUCUCAUUCCCAAGACUUUUUUGAGUAAGCAUAAAUACAUAAUGUAUAUGUGCAACAGCAUGGCCUUUAUUUUUCAUCAAUGUGUGUUAGGUCUUUUGCUAAUUUUUAGGUGAAAGAAGUUCAUAAAUUUGAAAAUCUGGUAUGUAAUCAUUAAUUUUCUUUCAUUUUGCGUUAUAUGCAGUUGUUAUUUACACCCUGGAGGUAAAGAACAGUUUUGUAUAGAGGAUGAUAAUCAUUGUAAGUUAAAUUUGUUGCAUCUCUCAGUAUUUUUAAAUUGUUCUAUUAUUACAUUAUCUUUUCUUUGUGAUGCUGCAAAUUCUGGUUCUUACAUUAAAAUCAGAAUAUUUUGUACAUAAGUUACUUAUGUUGAAGUGGGUCGAGUCUUGAAGAGUCAUGCGGAAAUCUGCAAAGUCAAAUUUUAUUUCAAGUUUAGUUUACUGGUAUAUAAUGUAGUACAAUUUUAAUGGAAAAUUUCCAUUGUAAAAAUUUGGAACAAAGUUGCCAAGCACAUUUUGUUUCCUUUUUGGUUUUGUUUAUAUAUGUAAGUGUUUGCAUUCUGUAUUGAGAUAUGAGGGACUUCCAAAUACAAUUUGUGAUUAUUUUUAGUGAGACUACAAAAAUUGACUUUACAUAUGUGGAAAAUGUAUAUUAUAUUUAUUAACAUUGUCGGUAGUAAAGGACUAGGUGGCCCUACCUCAUUUGGUACAUAGCUGUGGUAGGAGGAUUGUGCGUGUAUGUGUGUGCGUGUGUCUUCGGAAUGAAUUAGUGAUGUUAAGAGUGCACUAAAAUGAGUGGAGUAUGGGCCCUUUUGUAAAAUAGCAUUUCAUUACAGCUGUGUAUAUGUUUUCUGUUCAUUUUUUAAGAAUAUGAUUAUAGUUUUAUUUUAUCAGGGAAUGCUAACAAUAAUGGUGAAAUAAUCCAAUGCCUAACUGUACAAAUUUUUAAGCAGUAUGUUUUGUAAUUCAGUCAUAUUCUGCAACUUCAAAUUUUAUAUUUAAAUAUAUUUAUUAUCAUUGUGUAAUCCUUCUGAAACAAUUCUCAUUGAUUUAAAUAAUCCAAAUAUUUAUAUUACAUUAGAUAUUUUCAUUUGUGUACAGGAAAUGUGCUGCAAGGUUCCUUAAAAUUAUUGUACAGCUAAAAACUGACUGAAGGGGAAUAUAUACUGCAGCAAAAAUAAUUGAUUACUUAUUGUAUUGGUGCUGAACUUUUACACAAGUAGAUUGUCCUGCGCUGUAAAGUGUGCUACAAUAAUGAAAUGCCUAGAUAUUGUUUUUUCACAAUCUUAUGUAAAGUUUAAGGGAUAAGUGGAAAUUCAUCAGAGUGCUAACUUACUUCUUUGCUACUCAAUUGCAUUGUCUGAAACUGUUUAAAAAUUCAGUACCAUUGAUCAUGGUGUGUUGGGUGAUAAGUGCCUAUAGAUAGAUAGCAUCUUUUUUUUUUAUCUUUCCCAUGAGCUCACAUCUCUCUCUCUCUCUCUCUCUCUCUCUCUCUCUCUCUCUCUCUCUCUCUCUCUCCAGUUUUUUUUUUUCCACAACAAAUUUAAGCAGAGUUCAUGCCAUGAAGCUGUUAAAUAUUAAAUCAUUGUCUCAUUUUUAUGUGCGCUAUAAGUAAAUGUCUUAUUUUCCAAGAUGUGUUGAACUAUGAAUGUAUCAUGUUUGUGGACUAGUUGUUCAUUGUGCAUUAGUAAUUUAUUUUAUUUAGAACUUCACAUGAUUUAUGUAUCAGAUUUGGGACAGCGCUUACAGAAAAAAAGGGCACAAUUCGUUUCUGUAGUAAAAAUCUAACUCACACCCUUUAAGUUUUGACAGAGGGGCUUUGUUGCAGGAUCACAGUACACACUAGGUGCUGCACUAAUGUCUGGGAUAUUCUGAGUUUUAAGUCAUAAUUUUUUUAAAAUAUCAGGGCAUUUUGUAUCAGUAAUAUAAAGGUUAUCAUUGUACUUCUGUGCCCGUAUAAAUCUUCAUGUGAGGUGGAAGCAUUUUUCUUUCUUUCAUUGCCUGUGAGAUAUGUUGAAAUUUAUAAUAAAUUUAGAAGUUGAAAUGACAUGACUCAUUUAAUGAAUAGAAACGUAAAAAAAUUACAGUUUCAACAAUAUGCUCAGGAUUGAAAGCAGUGGUUAGUAGUUGAGAAAGUAAUAUCUGUGAUAAAGUUUAUUCUAGAUUGAGUACCCACUGUCUGAAUAGAAUUUAUGAUAUAAUUUUUUAUCUUCCAUGAGAAUAAUCUACACAGUUGUGUGACUGGCCAUUGCGUUAUUCUCACUGUAUUAGUUAAAAUUCUCCCUGUAACACACUUCAGUUACUGUGAUCACUGUAUUUUCAUUUUUUAGUAUAUCUGCCUUUGAAAGAAUUUUAAUGUUGCUUGGUGUUCUAACACUUCCAUUUUAAUAGUUCAUGUCAUAAUACUUACAUGUAUAAGCUAUAACCUGCUUAUUUUCCUUUUAUUGUCUUCUUUAUCUAAUUUUUUUUUAAUGCUGCUUGUAUGAUUUUUAUGUCUGAAUCUCUCCCAUUAUUCAACAGUAAAUGUUUUUCAGUAAGAUUUAGGACUGCUUAAAAAUGCAAUCACCAGUAAAAUUUAAAUGAUGUUAGAGUUAUUCUUAGUACCAGCUUCUGGCUAGUUCAUUUUUAAUGAACAAAACAAAUCAGUAAGUUUCUCUGACUUUCAUUUCACUCAUAGCAUUCAAUUUUGUGACCAUUUAUAACAAUAAAUUAAAUUUUGGUUACCAGGCUAUCCAGUAAAAUAGCUGUGAAUGUGAACUACACAUCCAUUUGGCAUGUGUCACCAAAGAGUAGUUGGUGGUGUCUUUCAGAACUUGUAUGAAAACAUUUUGUUUUCAAUGAAACAUAGCUUGUCUUUUCGUAAAUUUGGCUACAGUGGUGAUAUCAAGAUGGAAUUAAAAAGAAAGCAUAACCAUCUGUAGUGUCUGUUUGAAAGAGUAAAUAUUUUUCAGAUUGAUAUAUUGCACUAUUUGUCAAGACCUCACAGAGCAUAACAUUGACUUAUGAGGCACUCCACAGCAAUAAAUAUCAUAAUUACAGUUCCAGUAUUAAAUCUGUUGUAGUAUUUUUAUUGUUAAAUGAACAGACUAAAUAUGCUGACCAUUGUAGAGAGAAUCUUUGAUGCUCGUAUGUAUUUCACACAAUGGUUGUCAUAAUAUAGACAAAAGUAUGCCUUAUUAGUGCUUAAAAAAGAGAAUGACGUACUAACAUAUCAAACAGUGGACUGCCACCACAUCUCCAAAAAAGAAAACCCCUCACACAUUUGCAGUAUCACUUAAGGAUAUGAAUUGUGUCAGUCAAGAUGAACAUCUUUUACCUUUUGUCAUGCAUGAAGCUGUUUCACUUUUCUUGGACACAUCAGUAUCUCAAAUAUAAUUUUAUUCUUGUGAUUAUGUUGGCUUAGAGUAAACAUGAUUUUAUAUUGAUGGCACCCAUUCAUUUGUAUGCAUUGCUGAAUUUUUUGAUGAAGUACUUAGAUCAUUUUUUACUUUUGCCUUUCUCCUUUUCAUGUACUUUUAGUAAAUAGAACCCAUCUUGUAACAACAUUUUAGGACUAUAUUUUUAUAAUAUUAAUUGAAGCUUUCUUGAUAUUUUCAUGUAGAAUCAUGGUGUAGAAAUUCAAAUUCAAAUAUCAAGAACUGCUGCUUUUUACGGAUUUAUUAAUGUAAGCAGAUGAUUUGUAUUGAAACUUCAACCACUGACAGUUUCAAUACCACAUGGACAGAUUUGAUGUCAGAAUGGAUAAGACCAAAUUAUUUAGAUUGUUUUUUGCAUAUUAUUUUAACUCAUAAAAUCAUUUGUUACUGAAAGCUUAGUAUCUUUGCCAGAAGCAAUAAUCCUAAGUUAAUUCAGUGGAGUGUAAAUCAAAUUUUUUUCAGUUAUGAAAUCUCCUCUACGAAACAACAGCUGUUUUCGAAACCUUUCACUGCCCAGUUACUGGCAGCCUGCUGUAUGUUUAAGCCCUAGUCAUGUAGCGGGAGCAUUUUCCUGAAUUCAUGUUUCCCACUCCUGUAUGUUUACCUCCAGAGUACAAUAAAUUUACUUAAUACUCUGUUCCUAAAAGUUCAUUACAUAUUUGCUGCACUUUUUCUCUGAAUCUUUUUUAUGUUUGUGACUCAAUAUCACUACAUACAGUAUGUGUAAUAAUCAAAUUUAUGUAGUGUCACCAAGAACGAAAAAAUUCCAACUGGUAUAUUGUGAUGAAACCUGUCGAACAAUUGUCUUAAGAGCCUCAAAUGGAAUUUUGUAAUGGACAUUGUAUUUACCAUUUCAUUAUUUUGCAUACGUGACAAAAUCCAUGUUGAGCAUAGCCAUGGCAUAAAGAAAAAAAACUGUGUGUCAAUGCAAAAAGCACAUUCCACUCUUUGGUGUACAGCUGCACUCUAUUGAAUAAGAAUGCAGGAUGGAUACCAUUUCCAACCACCAUGAGAGUGCAUUUCCAAUUACCUUGAGAGUAGAUGGAAAACAUAGAACGUUAUAUAAUUGUAACAUUAAAAAUUCAUCCUCCAGUCUUAUUAAUACAACUAGAGAAUUAGAUAAAUUUCUGGCACAAAUAUGUGAAUGUUAGGUGUGAGAAAAUUACCUAACCUAAACUGGUGAAUAAAUCAUCAAAAAGGUUCUGAUGUUUGGAGCUCUAAGUAACAUUAGAUGUGGCAUCAUGGACCAACUUAUAAACAUAAAUUAAAGGAGUUUUUGUAUGUAUGAAGACAACAUGGUUGUAUUUACUGAAAUUCAAUGAGGCUGAAAUAAUAUGAUAAAAACUAAAAGAUACAAAAGGGUGUAUCAUAAAGUCAGCCAUUCAUGUAGUACCUGCCCUCUCCUGGAAAGAAAUAUUAAAAAGUCAGAAAUAAAGUGCUAGACAUGACUUCACUAGUCUGGUUAUUGGAGUCCUUCCUCCAUUUUGGCUUCAUUCAUAAGUUACAUAUCUGUUAUAACUCCAAUCUCUCCUCUCUGCCUAAACUUUCCCCUAAGAAAAACAUGCCUAGGUUCUGAAAGCUUUGUAUUGUCCAGCAGCUUUUCAAAUAUUGAUAUCCUCCUCACUACUUGGAGAAUAUUCUUUGUUAAACUUAUAUCCAUUUGCUGAUACAGGAAAUGAAAUGAGGUACAUGUUGAAGAUAUUUUGGAUAUAUUAUUUAAGGUGUGCACCAAAAAAUGAGUGAUUCAGGCAAUCAGAAUAAUAAGACUGACACAUUACACAGUGUAAUUUAUAAAACAAAAGCAAUUAUUAAUACCCAGGAGGGAAGUGAGAGGAAUAAGUGAGUAGAAGGAAAUGAGGAAUAGUUACAGAAACAGGUAAAAACACAGGGGUAGCAGGUAGAAGGGAAGAAAUUAAGCCUUAGAUAUGUACUGGUACGUAGUGAACACUAUAAACUAGUAGUGGGACAAUCAUGUCAAUGGUUAUGUAAUUGUGUGUUUGGGGAGGGGGAGGAGGGACAGAUGUAUGCAUAAAUACAUGUUGUUUGCCACUUCUUUUGUCUCAGUUGAAUUAUUCUGAGACAAAUUCAUAAAUGUUAUUUAUAAAGUCUUUUUAACAACAAGAGUUUUGUAUUGUUGCAUUUCCCUGUAAACAUCAAGUUUUUAAUCCCUUCUCAUGUUAUAUGUGCUAUUCUUAUUUCAGCUAUGUUUUAUGUGAAAAACUAAUUAUGUACAUCUUUAUGAUUCCACUAGAUUUUUCUUCUUAUUGAUUAAGCUGUGUUCUUCAGUGAGUAGCUUCAUGCCAAUGUGAGUGAGGAAUAGUCAUUGACAAACAUUAUUUAGUCACUUUUAUUUCGGUAAGAUCCACCAUAUAUCCCUUCAUGAAAUGUGUGUUAAGUCCUGUGUUGUGGAAAGGAUAGGUUGCUAAUCACCUAGUAGAAGAGGCAGUGAGUUACAGACAAGCACAACAGAAAGACUGCUAAACAGUUAAGCUUUCAGUUAAAAGAAGUCUUCCUCCUGAUAUAGAAAAACACACACACACACACACACACCACACAUAUAUGGCCACCCAGAGUGGUGGCCCUGUGUGAAUAUGUGUUUUCUGUUUUGGAAGAAGGACCAUUUUAUUGUCCAAAAGCUUCCAUGUUUAGCAGUGUUUUUUUGUUGUGCCUCUCUGUGAAUCAGUGCCUCUUCUAUGUAGUGAGUAGCAGUCUAUCCAUCUCAUAUAGCUGCUAUCCAAUCCUGGACUUUCCACUGUUUGAUUAGGUUGUAUAUUGGAUUCACUUUAAACAAGAACAGUAUUAAAAAUAUUUCCAAAAUGUGAAGAGUAAAAAGUAACUCAGAUUGAAGUAGAUGAGAAUAUUCUACUCCUACUCCUUUUGUAAACUUUUUUACUUAUGGAGGCAAUUACAUCAUUACAGAGUAACUGCUGCCACUGAGUCUUGUAAAAUGUAAAACUCCCUCACAGAUCUUCACUAAUCAAUGUAUUUGCCAGAUAGUGUGCCAAUUGGAGUAGUACUUAAAUGUAUGACACUACCUCCUACUUGUAAAAUCCAAACUAUUACACCUAGAAUUGUUAUGGUAGUUAAAAUGCCCUGAGCUAUUAUUUUGUGUUACCUAAGACACUCUUGAAAAUCGGAAGGUUUUUCUUACAUCUACAGAUCUUGAAAAGAGAUCAAACAUCAAAGACACAACACCUUCCUUGAAUGUAUUCUCUGCUGAUAGGAAUGAAGGUGGAUCCACAAAGCCAUAGCAUAAUAGCGUGGAAUGUUUCAGUGUGUUUGACAGACUCUUAUCACUGCUCACCAAAAAGUAUAAGCAAAUAAUUUCUUUUGAACAUGUCCCUGGUAUUUGUUAGUUCUGUGGCAAAGUGGCUUUUUUAACCAAAUUUAUCCAAUUAAUACAUGAUGGGCUGUUAAAUCAUUAUUACAAAAAUGUUCCAUGAACCCAAAAAAAUGUUGGUGGUUUGUAAUCAAUAAUUUUAAAAAUUACUGCAUCUUGUCUUUUAUUGAUACAGCUUUGAUGAAAAAUGAGCUGCAAAGAGUAAACUAGAGAACAAAAUUUACUUAAAAACCUUUAGGUUCAUUUUGGUUCCUGGCAGUUUAAUUUCUCUGCUACUCCAUAUAAUUUGUAAACCGAGCUUUUGAAAUCUCUGUUAUGUCGUUUGGUAAGAGUGCAGUAUUUUUCCAACAUUCCUUUGUUGUCAUAGAGAAAGGUUUUUAACUCAGCUGUAGUUUCCAUUUUGAUGCAGUAUAAACUGGGAGACUGUCCAUUGUUUUGUUAGUUGCUCAUGUAUGUGUGGGUUAGUAAAAUGCGUAUUCAUUUUGAACAGAAAAUACUGGCUGUAAACACAGAGAAAAAUGCCACUGCGAGGAUGCAGUUGCAUGCAGUUGUUGGUUUUCAUUCUAGUACUGGUUGAAUUUCUUGCAAGUAAAGUUAAUACAGUUGAAAAGCCACUGAAAUUAUAUCUUCUCUAAGAAGAAAGUUUGCCCGAAUCUCUUAUGUUCCUAAAACUGAUGUUGGAGAGUUGGUGGUGCAUGUGUUUCAGGAUGGCACUGGAGAGGUUGUACAUGUUUUAGAUAUGUGAAAAUGCACACCAGUUUAAUGCCAAAUUUGAAAUCCGAAGAGCUACAGUAUUCAUUUUUGUAGUUUAUUACCCACCACCAUACAUAACAAAAAAUAUUUUAUACUGUAGCUUAUCAGAGUGCUCCAUUGAACAUUGAAUCAGUAAUUGCGCACACAAGAAGUCUAAAUAAGCAAAAAUCAGUCUGGUGUUGCAUAACUAGUUUCAAAGUAUAUAACUUAGAUUUUCUGUUCUAAAAGAACUGAGGACACUAAAAGAGUGACAGACAUUAAUCAGCUCAAAAACUUUCACUUACUUGUAUUUACUCUCUCAGUAUGUGUUACGCAAAGACUAAUAGUUUCUAAACAUAGUGGUAGUGUAUUAAAAAAUUUGAAGAAGUGGACAGUCACUUCAGAAAUCUGGUAACCUAAAGUAAUAUUGUCCAUUCUGCCACAGAACCCAUUACUGCAGAGAUACAGUGAUCAAACUGUUUUGUUAUGAGACUAUACUGUACAUUGUUUGAAUGGUAAGUUUGAAGAGUAUUAUUCUUACUAAUUUGCACUUGUUCAUGAGAUUCAUCAGAAAGAAUGCAAAAGAAAAAUGCUACCACUCUUAUAGAAUGGUUUAAUUCAGAUCGAACAUCGCAAAUUUUGGAACUGCUCGAAACCAGUAGCUGUCUAAAAAUUAACCUAAUGUGCAAAAUGCUUGAGAAAUUAUUUUUAGUGUGCCAGAGGGUAAUGUAUGGUAGAUUGGUUGCUGCUAUAACUGUAAAAUCUGUUCAGAGUGCAGUUUUAUUUGUUAUUGGCAUUAACUGACUGCUAAAUAGAGAGAUAUAAAACUACUGAAUAAGAAAAUCCUUUGUGUUGUAACUGUCGUAUAUUUUGAGUAUAGACUCUUUAUAUGUAUAUUGUGUUGUUAAUGUUAAACAAUUAUUUAUUUGUAUAUUAUUCAUAUUUAAGCUUCAUAUUUUUGUUGUUGUUAUUUUGUGUGUUUCUGUGUGCAUGUGUGUGGUUUUUUAGUAAUAAAUUUAGUUAAAUAAUGACAGUGUGAUCACUUGACAUACUUAACAUUUGUAAUUUCUUUUAUUCUGCUUACAAUGUUUGGAAAUGCUCAGUAUUUUUAUUUAUCGUGUACUGAACAUUAUUAAUGCCUUAUUGCCAAGAUCUGAAAGAAUCUGCUAUGUUUAAAUAGGAUUUAAUAUAGUAAUCAUUGACUGAAAUAACUUUUUUACUGCAACAUUGCUUUUAUUUUUCAUUAACGGAAUGUAAAUAAAUUUCAGUCUUAUAUGGCAUCAACUAAUCUUCCAUACAUGAAGAUGCUGACUUCUUGUAAGUCUGGUUUAAAGUAUUUAAUUGUUGGUACAAAUUUAAUGCAAUCCCAAAUAUCAUUUUUGA